UUAAAGCUUUACCUUUUUUUCAUAAUUGUAGUAAUUAUUAUUUUUCCUUUAUUAUCGUCGUGGUCUCUGCUACUCGAAAGUAGAAACCCAGUUUUCCACGAGUUUGUUUGUGACCUCCUUCCUUGUUCCUAUUCCACAAUUCGCCGUCUUCUAAAUACAUCCUCAGGUAUGGCAGAGGCAGAAGCACCCUUCAGGCCAAGAGAGAAGCUUAUUGAAAAGCAGAAGUUCUACCAGAACAUUCACAAACAUACCCAUUUGAAGGGUGGGUAUGAUAGGAUUACCUCAGUUGGCAUUCCUCUUGCAUUGGCGGCUACCUCGCUGUUUAUGAUUGGGCGAGGGAUCUACAAUAUGUCCCAUGGUAUUGGAAAGAAGGAAUGAGAAUGAAGGGAUCUACAACAUGUCCCAUAGCUUUUAUCAACAUCUAAACAACUCUUUUUUCCUUUUUUCUUUCUUGGGGAGAGAUUCUUACUGAGAUCCUAUCUUUUCUGAAAAAUAUUGUUUAUUGUUAAUAAGUGCAUACAUUGAUAUGGACUAUGCUUGUAAGCUCAUGGGUUUUAUGAAUUAUGACUGUGACUUAGGGGGUGUCCUCAAUUCGGAUUGUUACAGAUUCUUGUGGAGUUUAGAAUUCCAUCACAAUUUAGG